AGAAGCGCCAACAGGAAGGGCAGUGUUUCCUUUGUAUUUAGCUGCAGAAUCUGAAAACAAACUUCCUUUCACUUUCGCCUGGUGCCUGUAUGUGUGGGUGUGUAUAUAGAUAUAUGAGGCUGGGUGUGUAUAUAGUUAUAUGAGGCUGUUGUUAUUCUUGGACAGUUUCUCUCAUUCCUCUCUGAGCUUUGUCCCCUGGAACCUCUCUCAGCCUGCAGGACCCAAUCACUGAUCUGCCUCGUUGUUUAUCUUCUCUGGUUUCCCCAAACUUCAGCUGAAUUCUAGGUCUCAACAAACGUUUCAUUUAUUUUAUCGGCUGCUUAAAGCUAUAAGAAUGUUUGCUUUGUUCAGCAACGCCAUUGGCUAUUUCAGAGGAAAUGCUGAAUUUGAUGGAAAGGUGAUAGAGAUACCGGCUCUAGGGCGUCCACUCAAGCUUGGGAUGCUCUAUGACUGCAGAGAUGAUACACUCAUCCCAGGUGUCACUUUAUGGGACAAUGAAGCUUUGGCCAAGAACUUAGCAUCAAACUGUCAGGAGAAAACAACAUUUGAAAUUAUGGCAUCCGACUCUCUCUCAGACAAAUCCUCAGCUAUGAAUAUCACUGGGUCUCUGAAAGCCAGUUUCCUUGCUGGUCUGAUAAAAGUUGAUGGAUCAGCCUCUUACCUGAAUGAUACCAAGGCCUCUAAACACCAAGCCAGAGUCACCCUCAAAUACUCUAGAACCACCAGGUUUGAACAGUUGAGUAUGGACCACUUGGGUAUCAAGAAUGUGACCUACCGUGAUGUGUUUGAUAAGGGAACAGCUACUCAUGUUGUGACUGGGAUAUUGUACGGAGCUAAUGCUUUCUUUGUAUUUGAUCAUGAAGCCUCCAAAACAGAAAGCACUGAGGAUAUCCAGGGAAACCUAAAAGCUGUGAUAAGAAAAUGUGUUUCUAUUAAAGGAGAAGCAGAUCUGAAAAUGAAUUCUAUGGAAAAGGAACAUGUGGAUAAAUUCAACUGUAAGUUUUAUGGGGAUUUUGCUCUUGAGAGAAACCCAGUCAGUUAUGAAGAUGCCAUGAAAAUCUAUUCAGACCUGCCCAAGCUGUUAGGGGAAAAUGGGGAGAAGGCAGUACCAGUGAGAGUCUGGCUGUAUCCCCUGAGGAAACUGGAUAAUAAAGCUGCACAGCUGGUUCGGGAGAUCAGUGACAAUCUGGUUGUUAGAGCUGAAGAGAUCUUACAGUACAUGGAUGAAGUGAACAUGCAGUGUAAUGAUCUGAUGAAGGAAUUAUCUGUAGAGAAAUUUCCCCCCAUCAAGAGAAAAAUCUCUGAGUUCAGAAAUCAGUGUCAGCAGUUUAGAACCACAUUCCAAAAGCAACUAUUGGACAUUUUGCCUUCAAUCCGCAAAGGAGGCUUAGAUGAACAAGUUUUAGCAGAUAUCUUAAUCAUGAGAGAUCAAUCUCCAUUUACAGAGCAAUAUAUUGAAGAGUAUUUGUGUAAGCAACAAUACGAGAUAAAGGUUUUGAAUGAAUGUUUAAAACACAUGUCAGAAAUUAAUGUUUUGCCAUCGACUGAGGAAUUACAGAUUCAAGUAACAUGUAGUAUUGAAAGUCAGUAUAUUGUGUGCUGUAACUUUACUUCAUUAAAUGAAGACGAUCAGUAUCUUACAGACCUUAGAAACUGGCUCCAAACCAAUCCAGAACUAUCAGCAGGUAGUGUAUAUGAGAACAAGAAGGUUUCUCCAUGGUUCCAAGAUGAAGAUAUCUCCAAGAAAGCAAUGUACUAUAGAAGGGCAUUUCAGGAAUUAGCCCAAGUCAACAGGACAAAUGAGAAGACUACGUUCCUUAUAUCAGCUGCUCUGGACAAGGACCACCCUGGUGUUUCCAUACAUCUGUAUGAAGCUGGGAAUUUGUUAAGCAAAACAUUUGAGCCUCCAGCUAAACCUGGUCUCCCAAACAUUGUCAAUAGGACCCACGAUAGCAUUGAACUUAAUCUGAAUCCUGCUGAUUUUGGGAAGGAGUUCAUAGAAGGAUACACCAUAGAAUGGCGACAGGCUGGGGAGGAAAGCUGGUCUAUAUACAGAAAAGAGGACAAGGAUCAGAAGGUAACAAUUACGGGAUUAAAACCCAAUACAAAGUAUCAGUUCAAAUCCAGUGUAAUGUGUAAAGCUGGAGUCAGUACAGUCAGCGAUACAACUGAAGAGGAGAGAACCCUUCCUACUAGCCCCCCUGAGAGAAUACAAGGAAAGCCUGGACCAACGUGUAUUUUUUUAAACUGGAUUGAACCUUCUAUAAGAGGAGUUGGAGUUACAGUAACAGAAUACAAAAUCGAAUGGAAGCAGAUUACAGAGUCUGGGUCACAGUUCUGGUCCGAAUUAAGAACAGGGAGGAAAGUGGAAAAAUUCAUCAUUGAGAAUUUGUUUGUAAACACAUCCUACACAAUCUGUGUAUCAGCCAUUUGUGGUGAUCUUGGGACAAGUGCUCCCUCCAACAACAUUACCAUUUCCAAAUCUGGAAAUAGGGAUGUAGCGAACCGCCGAACCGCCGAUUUGAUGUUUGCGAAUGCCAUUCGCGAACACCGGCAAAAAAUUCGAACAGCUCCCAAACUUCGAACAUCCGAAAAUCGUUCGAUUCGAGCG